GUCUUGAUCCAAUCAUCCAAUCUCUCCGUGAAUCCGUUAUUUAUCCAUUAUGCUAUCCACAAUUGUUCACUUCGAGUUCCGGAUUAUUGGGCGUCUCAAAAGGAGUAUUGCUUCAUGGACCGCCAGGAUGUGGUAAAACUAUGCUUGCUAAAGCUCUUGCUCGAGAAUCUGGAGCCACCUUCAUAAAUCUUCAUGUUUCAACGUUGACAGACAAAUGGUUUGGUGAAUCCAAUAAAUUGGUUUCUGCUGUUUUCUCUGUUGCUAAAAAGCUUCAACCAUGCAUCAUAUUCAUUGAUGAAAUUGAUGCUUUUUUGAGAGAGAGGCGAAGUAAUGAUCAUGAGGUUACUGGAAUGAUGAAAGCUGAAUUUAUGAGUUUAUGGGAUGGUCUUACUACAGAUGAAAAUACACGCAUAGUCGUUCUUGGUGCUACAAAUAGACCUAAUGAUAUUGAUUAUGCAAUUCUCCGUCGCAUGCCCAAACGUUUUGCGAUUCGACUACCUAAUGAGGAACAGAGGAGAAAUAUUCUCGAAAUUAUGCUACGGGAUCAGAACUUGGAAGAAAAUUUUGACUUUGACAAACUAGUGUCUCAGACGGCUAAUUUUUCUGGGAGUGAUUUAAAAGAAGCAUGUCGAAAUGCUGCUAUGAUUCCGAUCAGAGAAUAUAUGCGAAAUCAUGCGACUCCGGAGGGCGAGUUGAAAGAUAUUGAUCCAGAA